ACCUGCGCACGACCGCCUUAAGAUGGAGACGAAGUCAGCGACGGCGCUGUUCGCUCUGAUAGGAGCUCUCUCGCCCCAACCCAUGCACGCGUUUGCAGCCCGUAUGGGCUCAUCGACUCUGCUCCCGACGCUCGUCAGGACGGCACCUUCUUCUCUGACGAGGAAGCCAACGAGGAUACCGUGCGCGGCCGGGAUAUCCGCGCUAGCCUCCCCGGCCUCCUUCUCGACGAUGCGCAGGGCCGCCUUCUGGACCACCCCACGCGCCGCCGCCGCGUCUAGAGGGCCCGCUAUGUCGACAUCUGCGGCCUCGAGACUGUCGCCGAAGACACGCUGGGUUUCCGCUGGGGGGGGGCUUAGGUACGGAAGGGGGAUGUCCUGA